AUGGAUCUCGACUUCGACACAACAUGGUGCCCCGUCUGCUCAAGGCAGAUCGUCCCCAAGCGCAUCCACGUCCCAAUCCAACCGCCACAACCACCACCGCUACCCAGCUCGCCCACAUCAGAGCCUAAAAUGCAGGACGCGGACACCAACGUUCGCCUCACUCGCAACAAGACCGGCACCAUUCGCGCCAAGGGCGGCGGCCUCGUACACGGCACAGGUCGUGUCAAGCCCAACGGCACUAUCAGACGCUCCGACAGGGACGCCGCAAAGAAGCCCCCCUCUCCUACCGCAGCUGCUCCACCAGCACCAGCACCAGCCCCUACGCGCACUGGCCCCGUCCGUCACCGCACAAUUAUCGACCAGUCCCCCAUUCCUCUCUACUGCUCCGACGAGUGUCGCCUCGCCGACCUCCAGUCUAACCAUGGCGCACUCGACAUCGACUAUCACCCAGACCGAUGUCUCUCGCCGACCCUUCCCCCGGUUCCCCAUAACUCCUACUCUGAAUUCUCUCUGCCAGACGAGAGCGACUCCGCCAGCGGCGGCUCGCUCGACUCUCGCUCGUCGAUCGCGUGCUCUCCCCCAGAGUCCGUCGACAACAACCCUUCGCCACCCGCAUACCCCGUUCCCGAGAAUUACGCAAGACUGCAAGCCGUCUACGACCUCCCGCCGUUGCCGCCGCCUCCACCACUCUUGCGCGCGGAGAGCACCUCUUCGGAGGCCUCCGUCUCCUCGAACGACUACCAGUCCGGCGUCAUGAUGGCCGCGCGCCGCAUCAAGGCCGCGCUCUGCCAGCCCAAGCAGAACCUGCCGUCCUGGAGCGUCCCGCCGCCGCGCAAGCCCAUUCCCGGCUGGACCGACGGCUCGAACGCGUGGCGCGCGAGCGUGUACAGCUUCGCCGCGCCCUCCGACACGCCGGUGCGCAUCGAGGACGAGGACGGCCCGAAGGCGUACAAGUCCUUCGUCGCGAGCUCCCACCGCUCGCGCGGCGUGUUCUCGACGAUGUCGGGGUCGCCCGACGACUACGUGAAGAAGCCGUCCUCGGCGUCGCUCCCGGCGCCCCCGCCACCGCGCACGCAGUCCACGGCGGAGGAGCUGUAUGCGAAGUACCCGAUGAACUUUGUCCGCCGCACCGACUCGCGCGGCACCAUGGCGCACGCCUCUGCGAGCCCCAACGGCUCUGUGCGGUCACUCCCCGCCUCGUCGUCGUCGGUGCGCCGGCGCGAGUUCCCCCUCGUCAUGCCCGGCGCCGAAGGCCGCCUUCUCGUCCCGAACGUGAAGAUGUCGCGCACGGCGUCGAACCUGACCGUGUCUAGCAGCAGCGAGGCGCCCAGCAGCUACGGCAGCUACGGGUACCCAGGUGUCGCGGCGCGCACGAUGAAGCGCAGCCCGCUCAGCCGGCAGAAUAGCGACGCGAGCUUCGACACUGCGGACAGCCAGAGCGCCGUGGACGACGAGGAGGAGACUGCUCGCCGCGCGCGGGCGUCGCCAUCGCCGGUGCGGAAGCGCCAGCCGCCGAUGCGGUCGUGGAGCUAUAAUGCGGAUACCUUGACGUACCCUAUCCUCCAGCUGCCGAAGAUGGAGAAGCGCAUCGAGAAGCGAGUGGUCGACGGCGUCGAACGCGAGGUCGAGGUCGAGGUCGAGGUGAUUCAGCCCUUGAAGAGGCUGUUCCUCUUCCCCGGCAAGGACGUACCUGCUUAG